AUGGCCCCAGGAUCUUGUGAUUUCUACGAGUCUGACACAUGCCGUGUCGACAUUGCCAGGCCUGCCGGCUAUACUUGGGCCGUGCGGGUGAACGUUCACCCACCAAGCUCGCAGCAGGGUUGA